AUGGCUACUGCCGGUGGUCCUGCCAGCAUUAUUACACAAGUCCAACAGUCUGCAGGUCCUCCCAUUAAUACUUUAGGAGAAGCUGCUGCGGACGAGCACAUCACCUUAGAUUUGAGAGGAACACAGUUCACAUUAUCUCGUGAUGAGCUCCUGACGCUUCCCGAAUUUGUACUAUUAUCAUUAUUCCCCAACGGCCUUUUACCAGAUGGUCACAUGAGCUCGUUCCAUGACGGCGAUGUUUAUCCAGUUGAUUAUGAUCCAGCCUCGCUUCAGUAUAUGUUAAAUUUCUUUCGAGAUGUUGCUCAAUCCAUCCCGUCAACAACUCCAUCACCAACCACCCCACCCGACCAUGAUCCCAUAUCAAUCGAGCCAUUGCAAGGCUCAACCAAGGAUAUGCUUCAAGAUCGAGCCGGUAUCAUUGUUCUACGAGAAGAUCUAGACUUCUAUGUCAUUCCCCCCAAACCAGAUAUCGAGCAGGCCGAAAUGACCGAAGUCAAGAGAGCGGCCGGCAAGUCGUUACUCCAGCAAAAUGGAAUCUUUUCUGGAUUAAAACGGAGCGAAGAAGCUGGCACCACUGAGCAGCAUUUGAUUGAGAUGUUGACGGCGGGUGGUUUCAAUCACGAUGAUGCCUGGGGUCACCGAGCAGGUGAACCAAACAAAGCAGUCGUCUGCAGCCUAGCCCUGGCUCGUCUUCGAACCGACAUCAAAGGUGAUCUGGCUGGCGGAAAUGCUGUUGGCAUGGCUCAGAAGCUUCUGCUCUUCUGGCGAAAACCAGCACGACGAUGUUGGUGGGAAGGAGUUGAUCUCGAUGAUGUUGAAGGCGUUGAGGGCAAAGUCAAAGUGUGGAUUCGAAGAGUUUGGACAUUGGAAAUGGUAAGCACCCUAUAA